AUGGAAGAAGUGGCUGAAAACAAUACGGCGCAGCCAAAGGAAAAACCCAGCGCGAAGGUUGGGCCCUUCAAUUUCAUUCCCUAUGAAACGGCCACUGGAGAAAUCUUGUUUGUAGGCCAAUAUAUUAAAUUACCGAAUGACUACGAAGAUCAGUCUCCAAAGAAAGGAGUUAAAAGUCGCAAGCGCACUAAGAUCGCGUUCACCGAUGCGCACGAGUACAAACUCGAGACUGAGUUCUUGAAAAGUCCCCUUUUGGACAAAGCUCGCCGGGAAUAUCUCUCAAAAUGCCUUAAUUUGACAGAAAGGACCCUUAAAAUCUGGUUCUUAAAUCGCCGUAAGAAGGCGACGUGA